GUCUACGCAUAAUCGGAGUUUUUUUUCUGCCGCCAUAUUCAAGCACUUAAUGUGAACACGUUCUCAAAUCGGAAAGUCAAAGUAGUAAAUUUCAAAAUGUCGGCUCACGGACGAUUUCCGGCGAGUCCACCGGUUUCUCUAUCUCCGGCGUCUUCCUCAUCUCCGAGUUCUCAUUCACCGUCGACUCCUGAUCUGAAGCAACGAGUCAUCGCCUGUCUCAACAAACUCGCCGACCGUGACACCUUAUCUCUCGCCACGGCGGAGCUCGACUCAAUCGCCAGAAACCUCACUCACGACUCCUUCUCUCCGUUCCUAAACUGCAUCCACAACACCGACUCUUCCUGCAAAUCUCCGGUGAGGAAACAGUGCGUCGCCGUCUUAUCCCUCAUGUCUCGCUACCACGGCGACUCUCUCUCUCCCCAUCUCUCUAAGAUGGUCUCCACCGUAAUCCGCCGUCUCCGAGAUCCGGAUUCCUCCGUUCGCUCCGCUUGCGCCGCCGCGACGGCGGAUAUGUCCGCUCACGUCACGAGACAGCCGUUCUCCGCCGUCGCGAAACCGCUUAUCGAGACGCUGAUCCAGGAAGGCGACUCAAACGCGCAGAUCGGAGCGGCGUUGUGCUUGGCUGCGUCAGUGGAAGCUGCGUCGGAUCCUGAAUCGGAGCAAUUGAGGAAGUCUCUGCCUAAGAUUGGGAAGCUGCUCAAGAGCGACGGAUUCAAGGCCAAGGCGGCGCUGUUGAGUGCGGUGGGUAGUAUAAUAAGCGCCGGCGGCGCGGGAACUAAACCGGUUUUGGAUUGGUUGGUUCCGGUUUUGAUUGAGUUUCUGAGCAGCGAGGAUUGGGCGGCGAGGAAAUCUGCGGCGGAGGCGUUGGGUAAAGUUGCGACGGCGGAAGAAUCGGCGUCGCAGUACAAGAAAGCUUGCACGGUGGCUCUUGAGAGCAGAAGAUUUGAUAAGGUGAAAAGUGUGAGAGAAACUAUGAAUCGAACACUGAAUCAGUGGAAAGAAGUUUCAAAUGGUUUCGACGAAGCUUCAUUAUCUCCAUCUAGAUCUUCUACUGAUGAUGGUAGCAUUGGAUGCUUUUCCUCUGUCACGAGAAGUUCCACCAUUGACGUUGGUUUUAAGUCCUCAAGACCAAAGAAAGCAACGCCUAUAAUGAAGAGGUCCCCAUCUUUGCCUGUGAAUAGAUCAUAUGCAGCUACUAGACAAAAGGAGAAUCUUCCAAAAAGAAAUCAAGGGAAUAUGACCAUGUUAGUAGUAGAAGCAGCAGCCUCUAGUGUGGAUAACAAGGGACCACAGUUUCCACCGGUUAAGCAAUCUUUGGAGGAUCGGAGUAGUAAAGUGGUAGAAUCGGAGGAGGAGAAGGCGAACUCAGGGGGACCAGAUAUAAUCAAACAUACAAUCUCCGAGAAAAGCCGGGAAGAUAAAGUGCAUGGCUUUGGUAGUUUGAGGUCUGGCUCAAGGGUUGCACCUUGCAUUGACGAUGGUGAUUCUGUUGCCAAGAGUGGUAAAGAUGAUGUUGAUGAGAGCAGGAAAGACAGCGAGGAACUGUCUUUGAUACGAGAACAGCUUGCUCUCAUUGAGAACCAGCAGUCCAGUCUCUUAGACCUUCUUCAGAAAUUCAUGGGAAGCUCACAGAGUGGGAUCCAGUCUCUGGAGUCUCGUGUAAGCGGUCUAGAGAUGGCUUUGGAUGAAAUAUCAUGCGAUCUUGCGGUUUCAAACGGGAGAGUCCUUAAGAACAGUAGCUGUGGAGGAGAGAGUUGUUCCAAACUACCUGGUACAGAUUUCUUAAGUCCCACGUUUUGGAGAAAAACCGAGGAGAGACCAGUGCAAACACUGAUGAGAAACACAGUCUCUGAUAUCCCUGCGCACGAGCCAAGUUUUGACCGAGAAUCAACUGAUGUGAACAACGGUCAAAAGGGAGGAUCAGGUUCUCAAAACAGAGCAUCAAGAAACCGUUUUCAAGACUCUAUGCAUACAACACUACAGAAACCAACCACCAGAUUAUCUACUUGAAGUACAAGAGAGAGUUCACUUGAGUGAUUGAAUGUUUUGUGGGUAAGAGAUUGAUGUGAAGAUUGAAGCAGAGUAGAAGUUGACCAUACUGACUCAGACGCUGAAAUGAAAAAGCCUUUCUACUCUCACACACAUGCCUAAGUACGCUUUCUCAGACAAUCUAAUGAUAUAACCAGCGACGGAGCCAACAAAGAUUAAAUAUUUAAAUGCAUGUGAAUAGAAAUUAUACUUAUUGUAUUGUCUCUUUAGAGUUAUAUCAAAACCAUGAAUGGAGAUGUAAAGGUUUUGUGUGACUGUUUUGUGUUACGCUGAUCUUGUAAAUCACUGGGAAUUCAAGGAAUUAUUGGUUU